AUGACGUCAGACCGGCACAGAUUCGGUCAAUCGCCCCCACCGUUGGUCGAGUAUCUUCAGGAUAUUCUCAACAGGUAUCCAGACGGGGGACAGAUUCUGAAGGAGUUGAUACAGAACGCCGAGGAUGCGGAAGCCAGCGAGGUGCGGUUCCUGUACGACAGGACCCAGUACGGCACCGGGACGCUCUACUCUUCCAAACUGGAGCCGUGCCAGGGCCCCGCCCUGUGCGCCUACAACGACGCCUGCUUCACCGAGGAAGACUGGGAAAACAUCCAGACGACAGCAAGGAGCGUGAAGAAGGAAGACCCCAUGAAGAUCGGACGCUUUGGGCUGGGAUUCAACUCCGUGUAUCAUCUUACAGAUCUGCCCAUGAUCCUGAGUGGACACCACAUCGCCAUCCUUGAUCCACACGAGAGCAUCUUCCUCAUAGACGGCGUUCGGCAGAGCGGUCGAAUCUGGCACCUAAAGGACGAUGCAGAAGAGAUCAAGAGGCUACAAGACCAGUUCUCUCCUUUUAAAAACCUCUUCGAGGGUGCCGAAGAUCCCUUUAAGACCGGGUUCUUCAACGGGACGAUCUUCCGAUUCCCCUUGAGACAGACGCCAUCAAGACUAUCCAAGACUCUCUAUGACUAUCAGAAAAUCGUUGACUUCUUUGAAUCCUUUAGAGCAGAUGGCGACAUUGUCCUACUGUUCCUGCACCACGUUCGGUCAAUCAGACUGAUGACCAGAGAGACAACAGGCCAAAGCACCACCGACCAUCGCGUUUCAAUGACAAUGAGCAGCUAUUCUGAGCAAGAAAGGGAAACCCGUUUCACGACUGAGGUGAAAGAAGCUCUGAAAGUACCGGUGGACAGUCGUGAUACAGUUGUCAGUACCCGCCGCUUCUCAAUCGCAGUGAGCGGUGAACCUACUAGAGACUGGCUAGUCACAAGCUACGUGAAGGGACGGGGGAUCUCAGAAGAAGCAAGGGAGCUGUCUGAAGAGCUCAGCUUGCUCCCGUGGGUGGGGGUAGCGAUGCCGCUGUCCGGGGACGGGAGGUUUGAGGGGAGGACAUUCUGCUGUCUACCACUGCCAGCAGGACACGAGUCCACCGGCCUGCCUGUCCAUGUGCACGGCUUCUUCGGCGUCAGCGACAACAGGAGGAGUCUGAAGUGGACAGGGACGGACCAAAAGAGCGACUCUGCAGCAAGGUGGAACGAGGUCCUGGUGCGGGAGAUCCUGCCCUCUGCCUACGCCCGCCUCAUCACCGACGCCACGAAGUGCUGUACCAAAGACAUCCUCUACGCGGCGCUUCCAGACCUGCACAACACGGCCCCACACUGGGAUCAAGCUCUCAACCCGUUCUUCAACAACGUCCUCACUCAGAAGGUUGUGUGGACUCCUGCGAAUGGCGGGAAGUGGAUCACACCGACAGAUGCAGUCUUCAACAGGACGUCCGUUCCAUCUGCAGUUGUAGACUACCUGGUCGGCUCGGGAUUAGAUGUGGUAACGCUGCCAAAACACGUCAUGCAGGCCAUCGAUGACACUUUCCCCGGCCCCUCUCUCAGCAAAGUCACCCCCGGACUGCUGAGAACCACCAUGAAGAAGACGGGAGUGCAAAACAGUUCCAGAAAGCACAAACUGGCCUGGCUGCAGUACGCGCUAGACGACAAGAAAUACGACGAGAUGGAUGGACUCGAACUCCUUCCAUUGGCCGACAAGACUUUCACAACGUUCUCAAAAUACGACAAGACGAUCUUCAUCGAAUCUGAAGAGCACCCCAGAACCCUUCUUCCGGGACUACAGGGGCGUUUCCUGGACACGGAUACGGACAUCAAACCACCUGUCCUACACCAUCUGAGGACGGCUGCGACGGAGGCAGAAGGAAAAGCCCGCUCCUACCUUCCCUGCCUCCAACUACGUCAUCUCACCCCACAGCUGGUGGCCAAUCACCUGGGAGAAGCACUGCCGCCUGAUUGGUUGCAGGUAAGUCACGUUACUUGGCGCCCCGCACUUGCGCAGCAGCCUCCCCAAGGAUGGCUGUCUCAGCUGUGGCAGUACCUACAAGUUCACUUCCCCAACGAUCUCAGUUCCUUCGUUGGCCUUCCGAUUCUCCCUAUAGUCGGAAUGGACGCGAUCAGCCUCGUCCGACUUGAACAGCCCUCGAAGGUGAUCCGCCCCAGAUAUGAAGAGGCAAGGAUGCCUGACGUCAUCAAGAAGCUUGUUCGUGACGUGGAUGCCACGAUGCUUGAGGACGUGCCAGCCUACCUGAACCACCCGAAGCUUGAGGACUACAUACACCGCUGUACCCCAUCAGGUCUUCUAAAACUUCUGCAAGUUGUCGGAGUGGACAAAGUUGUGUCAAAGGUCGACACGAUGAUCCCCGAAGCCAAAUGCUCGUUACGGGCUUUCUUUGCGAAAAGUGGCAAUCUCAACGAUACGGAGCGAAGCCUAUUGGCCAAACUGCCGAUCUUUGAAGCUGUCGAUGAUACAGAUUUGAAGCGAAGGUACCUACCAGCCUUGGAUACAAGAGGCAUGAUGCUGCAGAUUGCCCCUCUUGACCUGACUACUGACCCCCUACCUGCCGGGUUAUCCUUGCCCACGACCCUCAUCAUCAGCAAUGACUUCGACUCACAAGCUCUAGGUCGCCUCGUUGGUCUCCAACAACUGAGCAUAACACGGCUUUUGGUGGAAAUGAUGGAAAAGAUCCGCCGGAAAGAAUACACAAGAGGACAGAUUGACUCUCUCAUGCUGUGGAUUCUCAAGAAUCUCCAAAGUUUAAAGAGAAAAGACCCGAGCAUCACCAACCGAAUCCAAACUUUGGCAUUCGUGACAACCAACGGCAGCACCAAAGUCACCCCCAUGGAUCUGUUUAGUCCUGAAGAGGCAGUCUCUGCUGCGUUACUGGGCGAACCAGUCUUCCCAGCACCACCGUACACAGACAGGAGCACACUGAUAGCUUUGCUCGAGCUGGGAAUGCGACAGAAGCUUUCUUCACAGGAUGUUCUACGCAGUGCAAGAAACGUGCAGACCUUCUACAGUUCUGGCAAGUUGACCCUUCCUGAUGCAAAACGAAAGGCCAAGGCGAUCAUCUCUGCUCUUGUUCCCCAGAUGCUCACGACUCCAGUGAACGGCGUGCUCCUUACAGCCGCACUGAUGGACGUGAACUUCUUACCGGUCCGCUCAGAAAGACCCGGGUCCUAUCUGCCAGGGUUGUCAUGGUACCCGGAGAAAAACAACGCCAUCUUUGUAAGUCCAAGAGAUGCACGAGUUUUGGAGUGUGCAGACCUUGUUGGCUCGACCAUACCGAUUGUCGAUGGGGAGGUGCCUGAUGGUUUCAUCUCUGCUUUUCAGUGGAGCAAACAGAAACUGCCGAUCGAAAAAGUCGUCCUGCAACUCAAAACUAUAUGUUACCAUUACAACGUGUCCCGCCCAACCAAGCACCAUGUUGUGCAAAUUCUGACCGAGAUCUAUCGACACAUUGACGUCAGGAUGAAAUCAGGAGACAAAACUGCCCUGACGUUACUAUCUUCCGGUGACUUCCCUCCCUGGGUUUGGCAUGGUGACGGUCUUGCAGCACCAAACGCAGUGACGCUGUCCUCUCCAUUCACCCCCAUCCUUGACCUUGCUCCGUACAGAUUCAAUCUGCCUGAGGAGUUCCGUGACUUCAAGCAGAUGUUCAGGGCUGCUGGAGUCAAAGAGAGCCUUGACGAAUCAGACCUGAUACAAACGCUGCAUGAGAUUCAAUCGACACCAAAACUGUCGACAGAAAGAGAUCUGAAGUUGUCCCUAAGCAUCAUAGAUUGGAUAGUCAGCCACCCACAGAUCCUCGAAGAAGUACGAGACGACAUAUUGGUUCCCAUAGCAACAAAGGACAGCUCUCGUCUGACGUUGGCACCGGUGUGUGAGUGCACGUACAAUGACGUGUCUUGGAGCGACGCGCAGGCUUUACUUGAUGACGAGGACGAAGAAUUCAAACCACUUCACAAACUGGUACCCUUAGACACAGCACAACUACUGGAGGUGCCAUCCCUCAGCCAGCGGGUCGUCAACGCUGAGGAGUUUGGGUUCGACCAGUGUGGGCAGCACGAGAAGGUCACACAGCGUCUCAAAAACAUUUUGAACGACUACCCCGAGGGAGCAGGGAUCUUCAAAGAGCUCAUUCAAAACGCAGACGACGCCAAAGCAACGGAAGUGAAGUUCCUUCUCGACUGGCGGACGAACGAAGACUCCAGGGAGGACCUGAUAGACCAAGGCAUGGCGGUGUGUCACGGACCGGCGCUGUGGGCGUUCAACAACGCCACGUUCAGCGAGGAGGACUUCAAGAACAUCCAGAAUCUUGGAGGGCAAACAAAACUGGAGGCCCUUGAGAAAGUUGGGAGAUUUGGGGUUGGCUUCAAUUCUGUCUACCAUGUCACUGACCUACCAAGUUUUGUCAGUGGAAGUCGGGUGCUUUUCUUUGAUCCACAUGCCACGCACCUCUCCAAACACAUCAAAGAUAAGUCUAGACCAGGAAUCGGACUGGACUUACAGAAGAACACACGGCUGGUCAGCAGGUUCAAAGACCAGUUUAAGCCUUUCCAAGGCGUCUUCGGCUACAGCACAAGUACUUCCUACAACGGAACACUGUUCAGGCUCCCGUUAAGAACACCGCAGGAAGCAUCCGACAGCGAGAUUAGCGAUGCGGUCUACAGUACACCCGGCAACAAAAACAUGAAAAGCCUAGUUGAAAGCUUCAAGAAAGGCUUGAAACUACUCCUUCUCUUCACACAGAAUGUCACACAUGUGACGAUGUACACCCUGGAUGAGUUGUCAGACCCGUCAAAGAUGGUCACAACGUUCGAAGUCUCAAAGACAGACAUGAAGUAUUUGCGUGAAAUGCAGAUUCCUAAUCACGUACUGACAGGAAACAAAUUUCAAGUUCAGAGCAACUGUCUGCUGGCGACAUCGGACGUGAUGAAACGUCAUGGCACCAAGAGAAAAGUGGAGUACCCGGAAACAUCCAUGGUAGUCAAAGUAACCUGCCGAGAGGGGAACGAUGACCCUGUGAGUGAGAAGUGGAUCAUUUCGUCCUGCAUGGGUACAGCGGAAUCACUGCAGUUAGCCCUGUCUACAAACGGGAGGAAGGCGGGGCUCGUUCCAUGCGGAGGCGUGGCAGCGAUGCUGAAGUCCAGUGAUGGCAGCCACGCGAACGCCUCCGUGGAUGAUCCGCCAAACGGAGAGGCAUUCUGCUUCCUACCUCUGUCUAUCCCAACGGGACUACCUGUCCACGUGAACGGCAGUUUUGCUGUCGCAUCCAACCGCCGGGGGCUGUGGGAAGAGACGAGUACAGACAGGAACGACCUGAAGGUGGAGUGGAACAAGGCUCUUAUGGGGGAUGCUGUGUGUAAGGCGUACAUUACAAUGCUUCUAGACCUGAAAGAUAUGGCAAAGAAAGGACUACUGACUCCCUAUCAGUACCACAGCUUUUGGCCUAACCCCAGUCACAUUACAGAAACCACACAUUACAACGUCCUUGUGAAAGCCUUCUAUACUGCCUUGUCAUCAUAUGAUAAACCACGAGCUCUGUUUGAGUCAGAGGGACUAUGGCUGAGUUUUACAUCUACAGUCUUUCUUGACUCCGGAAUCGCCUUCUCCUCAGAAGAGAACAUUGCCGCCAGGUGUGCACUGCAGCAGUGUUUGUUAGAUUGCACUGUCGUUGAGCUGCCCGAAUGGGUAAGGAAAGGGUUCCAAAGAGCCGACUGUGACGAGCUGCUCUCUAAGCACACAUACACAGAGGAGCGAUUCUACUCCGAGCUGUUCUUUCGUCGUAUACGGGACUUGUCUGAUGACAUACGGGAUCCCCUGAUGCUCCGUAUAUUAGGCAGAGAAAAUGAAGACUACCGCGAUCUAAUCAAAACUACAGCCUGUAUUCCCACCAGCCCAAGAGGACAAGAAUUGUCUCGUCCUGGAGACCUCAUACAUCCCAACGGAAAGGUCUCGAAGAUGUUCAUGCCUUAUGACAAGAAGUUCCCCUAUGGAACCACAGAAACCUACUUGAAGCCUUCGCGUCUGGAGAUAUUGACAGAACUGGGCAUGUGCAAGGAUGACGUCCCGUGGGAAGUCGUCAUCGAACGUGCAAAGUCAGUAGUCGACUUGAACAAAGUGGAUCAGACUAAAUCCCUGAAGCGAGUCGUUGCACUGAUGGACUUUAUCGUAGAGAAAGCCAGGAAACAAACAAACAAGGAACAGUUGAAACAAGUGAGGAAACAGUUGUCCAGAAUCCCGUUCCUACCAAUCAUGCAGAAACCACGGGAAUGGCUCUUCUCAUGGAAAGGCUCUGAGCAUGCCGCGGACGCACUCCUUUCCGCCCAUGAUCUACAGCCAAGUAAGAACUACCAGAUCGCAGGCGUCUCCUGCCCAAUUCUUUGUAGUAAAGUUGUUACAGAAGAUGGCCACGGAAGUCGUAACAACCACUACACAGUGCCAGGUCAGCUUAGCAAGUUGUUGGGCCUAGAAGAUAAAUCUCCUGACUUGAACGAAACAUUGCACAACCUCCAGGAAAUCAUUAAAGUCAACAUGAACGCCAUUUCGAUGAGAGAAGAUAUUUGGGAGUACACGAGGAAAUCCUAUCUCGCGACAUGCAAACACCUUCAGAAGCUUUGUCAGGAGUCUAAACUCAAUUCCCACAAGGUUGCUGCAGAGCUAUGUGAUACCCCGUUCAUCAUGAGCUUGGGAGACAAGAGGUUCCUCUCUCCCACAGAUGUGUCCUUUAAGUUGAAGUUCGAUGGUUCACCCUAUCUGUACCAAGUGCCAGAGGAAUUGGCCAAAGAACUUCAUUCUCUUCUCUCGGUCUGCAAAGUCAAAGAGGCUUUUGAAACAUGUGACUUCAUACGAGCUCUUGAUAAGCUGAAGGAUGAUAAGGGAGACCAAAGGCUAAGCUCCGAUGAGGUCAACCUAGCGCUGGAAUUGUUGAAGACAGCCAGCGACCUGGAGGGAGAAGACAUCAGAGAACAGGAACUCUGGAUACCGGACGAGAGUGGUGUGUUGCGCAGGCCUUCGGAGGUAUGUUACAAUGACUGUGCCUGGAUGGAGCAGAAGGAUGACAUGGUGUUCUGCCACAAGGACAUAUCAAGAGGAUUAGCGGUGGAGAAGUUGGGAGUCAAGCCUGUACGGCACAAGGCGCUAGAGGCCUACUCACACAACCUGAUUUGUUUCGGCACUGAUUUCGGUCAGGUGGAAAAGCUGACGAACAGAAUCAAACACCUCCUGGAUGCGUAUCCCUUCGGUAAGGAGAUCCUCAAAGAACUGUUACAAAAUGCCGACGACGCAGGAGCAACAGAAAUCCACUUUGUGUUCGACAAGCGGCAGCAUGGCACGAAGCACAUCUUUGACGAUAGCUGGAAGGAACUGCAAGGACCAGCCCUGUGUGUUUACAACAACACGCCUUUCAAGGAUUCUGACUUGAUCGGUAUACAAAGCCUCGGAGAAGGCAGCAAGGCACAGGAUCCGGUAAAAACUGGAAAGUACGGAGUGGGCUUCAACGCAGUCUACCACCUGACAGACUGCCCUUCCUUUAUGACAGGAGGGGACAAGCUCUGCAUAUUUGAUCCGCAGCUUCGCUUUGUCCCAGGAGCAACACAGAAGCACCCAGGACGUAUGUUGAAUGGCGUUGACGACUACCUGAGGCAGCAGUACAAGGAUGUCUUUGACUGCUAUCUUAAUGACAAGCCUGAGUUUUCGUCUCCGAAUAGCACCAUGUUCAGAUUCCCUCUACGGGCGACAGCCUCCGACCUGAGUGAGAAAGAAGUGACGGAAGAAAUGAUGAUGGACCUCCUAAGAACAUUUCAAAGGGAGAGCUUUGAAGUCCUCUUGUUUGUCAACAGCGUGGAAAAGAUCAAGAUCUCCAUCAUAGAGAGGGACGGAACCUCUCGUGAAUUCUAUCACGCCGAGGCAUUCAUAACGAAAGAGGCAAGGCAAGAGCGGAAGAAAUUCGCAAAAUACGUGACUGAAUGCGCUCGCAGUAAAGAGCCUCUCCACACAUUGCCGACUCAUCACGUCACAUACAACCUGAACCUCCGCGACAACAAACAGCACCAGGAGACCUGGAUGGUUCACCAGAGAAUCGGAUUUGAGGACAAAGACAUCCCAAACAGCAUUAAAGAUGCUCACGCAGCAAACGAGUUGGGCCUACUUCCUAGAGGAGGGGCAGCUGUCUGUCACAUACAGUGUAAACAGCCAUAUAAUACGAAAGCGUUUCUGGCAUCAAGGAAGUAUGAAGAGUGUUAUCAUAUGGGACCCAAACGUGCAUUUUGCUUCCUGCCUCUACCCAUCAAAACGAAACUCCCGGUCCACGUGAACGGCCAUUUCGCCUUGGACCACGAGGCUAGGAGAAACUUGUGGAGGGAUGAGAAAAGUGGGAUGAAGUCGGACUGGAACAAGACGUUGAUCAAAGAAGUCAUCGCUCCGGCAUACGCAGCAGUGAUAGAUGCGAAACGAGCACUAGACUUUGGUGUAGAACAGGAAUCGCCGUCUGCAUCAAAUGCAGGGAGCUUGCAGAAAGCACUGAAGGUAUAUCACAGUCUCUUCCCGUCUGUCGCCGAUAUGACUGAUGAGUGGAUGGAACUUUCUAAAGCUUUCUAUCAGCAUAUCAAUCAGAAGCAUCUUCGCCUUCUGCCAGUACUACGGACAAUCAACAUGGAUUCACAGCCUCAAAGUGGCACUCGGCGAAAACACAGUAAUCCCCAGCAGACACUGGAAUGGCUGCCACCAACGGGUAAUGGGAAAGAUGAAGCAUUCUUCAACACAGUGAAGAUCGACGACCCAACGUACUUUGUGCAGGUGACCCCACAAAAGUCGAAGAAAACGGUGUUGGUAGAGACACUCCUGGACCUGGGAUUCAAUCUUCUCUCAUGCCCACGAACAAUAUUCGACUCCUUUACAAAAUCCGGGGUCAAAGUACAAGGGACUCUCCCCGAGUCUGUGGCCCAGUUUCUUCAGACGCACACAGCCGACGAACCGUUGUGUCGUAUCGGAGCUUCCCUUCCAGCCCCACUAAGCAACACGACUUUCCAACAAGCAGAGAAACUUAAAGUGGUCCUUGAGUACUGUUUGUCAGCUAAACAAGAAGAAACCCAGGAACACACGCCACAUGGCCGUUCUCCACCAGAUCCAUCAACACAAAAACAGGAGCACGUGCACGCACUACACGACCUACCUUUGCUUCUGACAGCUGACAAUAUCUUACGAGCAUUUGACAUCUCAUCUCCCGUAUUUGCAACAUGCUACGCAGACCUCGUUCCAAGUGUGCCAGAGCAGUUUCUACACAUCUCCUGCCUUUCAGAAGUACAAGGUAAAAAGACUGACGAAUCAGUUCGUUGUUUUGACGUCAAAGCUCUUCGUACACUGAUGCCACGUGUUCUGGACGAAAGUGUGUUCGGAAAUGGGGAGACUGUUAAUUUGAAGCAGUCUCCCGCCAUGCCAUCGCAGUGUUGGACAUACCUUCUUUGGCAUUUCUUCGAGCACGAAGUACACCGAAAUGCAGCAGCGAAAGAAGCAGGGCAAAAGGGUGUAAUCAAAGAGAUCAUGGGCCUGUUCGCCAAAUGGGCAUUGUUGCCGGCGUGUACGCACUCAAAGAAGGCAGAACAGAAGCUCGGCGUAACAUCUUACCGUAUUCCUUCAGUGCAACCAGAAGAGCGUUACCUUGUCCCGUUGUGCAAAGCACGUACUGUGGUGACGUUUGAUCACGAAUCGGUAUCUAUACAAAAGACAAAAGUUGCAGAAAUUCUGCGCAAACUCCACUGCCUCGAGCUUGACACAAGCUGUCUUCAUGCACCCUCAUCCUUUGCAAUAAGCUCGGCAGCUUUGGGAUUGGCAAGACGGUUCGUCUCAAGCUUCACGGACCAUGUGGGGAUCCUGAGAGUGUUGUACUUCAUUCUAGUCGAGCAGGGAGGCACCGCUCCUUCGGACACUAAGGAAGCUACCGAACUGUUGCAGUAUUUCGAAGAAGAAGCAGAGAAACUCAAAACUGAUCCGGAGAAUUUGCGCAAGUUGCGGUCCUUGCCCUUAUACAAAACAAUUCACAGCAAACUCAUCAGUCUCACCGCCGCACGUCAGUGCCACGUGCUGCCGAUGGGAAUACCGACAGCCGACAUGGAUAAGUGGAUAAAACGGUCAAACGCUGUCUUUUUGGAGAAAAACUAUAAACUUGAAAAGCUACACGAGGCCUUGGGGUGUUCGGGGAUCACAGAUGCUAUGGUGUACGAACAGUACAUCUUCCCAAACAUGGACCACAUUAGUGAUGAAGCAGUGGUGGUGCAUCUCAAGUAUCUAAGAGACUUGUGGCAUAGGCUGUCGAAAGGAGCACGUCAGUCUCUCAUAGAAAGUCUUAAACCUCUACCCAUCAUACCAUCCAAUGGAGGCAGACGUCCUGUUGGUGCUUUCUACGACGAUACCCAUCCCGUGUUCCGUCAAAUGAUUCCAGUAGAUGACUUCCUGCCUGAAUGUUUUCUCGGCGGAGAGGAAGACGAAAUAUCGGAAUGGAAACAGUUCUUCAUCAAACUUGGUCUCAACAACACGGUAACCAAGACUAUGUUCCUGCAGUAUGCAAGAAACGUAGAACGGCUGGCCAAGGAGGGCAGAAGCCAAAAAGGCCUAUUGACACAGAAGUCUGAGGUGUUGGUUGAUCAUUUCUUCACCAUGAAGGAGUUGUCAGAAGCAAAUUUCAUCGAAGAAGUGUCACGUAUCAGGUUCAUCACUCCCGUAGAGGUGGGUACUGAUCUGGUUAAACUGCACAGUCAACAUGGAGCUUCAGGCGAUGUCUUGCCAUUUGUCUGCUUCAAGAACUCUGUGCCAGAGGACAGACAAGAGCUUUGCUGGACCAGCGCUAAUAUUCUACCAGACGCUGCAAAUCCAACAGCGUCAAAGUCAAUAUACUAUGUACCAGAUUCAACGAAACUGUGUGAACGGCUGGGCAUCCAAGUACAGCCAUCGAUGGAUACCGUUAUUAGCCACGUCACGUGUCUUUGCCAUCAUUUAGUCCACCAAAAAGCCACGGAGACGGAAGAGGGAGCAAACUCUCCAUCAGCCUGCCAAACUCUCUGGAGAGUGAUGCUAAACGUCUAUGCAUUCCUUCUAGACAAAGUAUCUGAUGACGGUUCGUUGAAGGAGAAGUUGGGGAACGUGCCGUGCAUAGUGGUUGAAGAUGGCAGAAGACUUGUUCGGCCAGAGCAAAUUGCGAUAAAUCUCGAGGCAAUAUAUGAGAUUCGACCGUACCUAUAUGGCAUGCCAAUGGAGCUUGGGCUUUACAACAAAGUCUUUGUCUCUCUAGGGGCUCCGGAGAAACCUACGCCAAUGCAGUACACUAAAGUUCUCGAAGAGUUCUAUGUUUUGUCUAAAGGCGAACAGUUGGAUCCAAAUGAGAAGGUGGGAACAUAUAGGGCCGUUCGUGGAUUGUUCCAUAGUUUAAGACCUGAGUCGCUAAUCCAUCUUGGAGAUGGUCGACCAUCGCAAACACAAGAUAUCGAGAAUGCUUUGCAAGGGAUACGGUGCCUGUACCUCCCUAGCCGGCAGAAAAGGCUGCAAAAGUCUACCGACAUUGUAUUCGACGAUACACCACAGUUCGGAGGCAGAGUCAAGGAAGGCUUCAACUAUCCCAUCUUAGUUCCUCUGAAAGAUUGCUACUUGUUUGAUGAUGAGCAUGAACUGGUCAGACGGCUUCCAUCUCACCUGAGGCCCAAGAAUCUUAGCUCCCUCGUACAAGAACAGCUCGGUGAUGGAGAUCAAACAUCUUGUGUUAUGGGCACUAAUUGCGUACUAGAAUCAAGAUUGACCUCUUUGUUCUUGAGCACCCACUUUUCACAGGCAAUAGUCCGUCUGUCCAAACAUACCUACGGAGAUCUUUGCGACGAAAAGAAAGUCACUGAUACAGUUGAGAAGUUUGCGUCAUCUGUUAAGGUCUGCUGCAAGCAGCAACUGACAACUCGCCUUGUGUACAAAGAAUCACAAGAGCAAAUCAAAGACAGUGAUGGCAAGACGUACUGUUUUAUUGAAGACAAUACAAUGUACAUGGCACACACAGACUCAACGUCUAAAGGGUACAAUGCGUUCCAAUGGAAACUGACGAGGGUAGUUAAUAAUGCCCUCGGGCGACCUCUCACGGACCUUCUACCCCUUAUGAUUGUCCUGUGUGUUGACGACCCAUCUGAUAUUUCAAGGGAACUAGACAUGGCCGACAUAAAACGUUACAGUUCUGACCAACAUCAAGAACCGCCCCUUCCCGUCCUCGGCACUCCCAUUCCAGAAAUCUACCACCACCUCCUGACGAGCAACCCAGCUCACUACUUCACUGCCGGUGACUAUGUCGGCUUUGAGGUGUACGAUCCAGACUUAGAGUCAGAUUCUUCAGAGGAGGAAGAAGAAUACACCAUGACAUUCCUGUACGCACAAGUCAUCAAAGAAGCGCCGACAGAUACCGAACUCAACUUCGGACUGGGCAGGAAGUAUGUCAUAGACGUCGGGCACACGAAAACAGUGAGUGCGGCAGAUCUCUACAAGUUUUGCCGCCCCAACGUACCGGGUGCGCUUGUUCCGUAUGAAGGAGAGACAGACGAAGAAGGGGCUACGGCAGCCAAACCACCACAGAGUCUUGAAGAGGCAAUGGAAGAGGUCAGCAACAUCUUGGAAGAAGCAUGGAAGCUGCCAGAAAAGGAGAGAAAGAAGGUUGUGCGGCGCCUCUACCUCCAAUGGCACCCGGACAAGAACCCUGACAACGUGGAGAUGGCCACUGAGGUUUGCAAACACAUCCAAGCCGAAAUCAGCAGGCUUGAGAAGGGUCUACCUAGGAAGUCUGCAGCAGGAGAGGCUGGGUCUGGUAGCGGCGACUUUGGCGGAAGCAGUUUCAGUAGUUCCUUCAGAAGGUGGAACUCCCAUGCGAGACACCAUCGCCGCCAGAGGAAUCGAUUCCGUGAACGCCACCGUGACGGCAACUUCAGGGGCUGGCGCACUAGCUCCGGCCAGUGGGUUCCCCCGAGGUCCGACGAGAGCGAUCCAAGCCCGCGGGAGGCGGCCCGUUGGCGUCGCCAAGCAACAGCAGACCUACAAGCGGCCAGAGAUAACCUACGCGGCCCUGGCACCUCUCAUGAGUGGACGUGCCUGAUGUGCCAUCAGGCAGUGGAGAAAGCUCUCAAAGCUGUACAAAUGGGCAAGUUCGGAAAGUAUGAGAUGGGCCACGAGAUAGGAGGCAUGGCGAGGGUACUGGAGGCCAGUUGCGGGGGUGAACUUGCUGGAGUCGGCGAUGCCGCGAUGGAGCUGUCGUCCAUCGGGUCCAGCCCAGGGUGUGAUGACGUGUACCUGCGAGCCCGCUACCCCUACCUUCACCCGGCUCCAAGAGUGCCCCACGACAUGUUCACCCGUGAACACGCCGAGCGCGCCGUACAUCUGGCACAAACUAUACUGGACAUGACACGGAAAGUACUGAACUAAACCUAGUUUCAGAAACAACCAGAUGUUCUACUUUAGAGACAGAGCACAGAAAUAUUGCAUAGGUUUUGGUAUUGUAUCUCCUUGAGAGAUGAGAACUUUCAAUGGAAGCAUAUAUCAGCGUCAUGAAGAAUUAUGCACAGCAAAUGUUUAAUCAAAAGGACAAAUCAUAUACAUGUAAAGUUGAUGGAAUGAUGUAAUCCAGCAAAAGUAGAACACUUCAAAUCAUAUGUUGGCAUCGGAAGUAAAGAGUUAAGUUUUGAUGAUUUUUUUU